AUGACAGGUAUACUUGUCCAGUUCAAACGCUGCUUGGCCUGGAAGCCGAGCUGGCUGUCGCUCUUCAGCUUCACCACCAAAAAGCACAUUCCAACUCUUUGCUUUGCCAUUCUUUUCGCAGCAUUAGCCAGUGCCAGCUCUCCGGUUUUUGCUACGCUCCUUGGGGAGGCGUUCAACUCGUUGGCAUUGUUUGGUAGCGAUCAAAUCUCUGCCCACGAACUAAUUCAAAAGACAAAAACGAGCUGUAUCAAACUGGCAUGCUUGGGUGUUUAUAGUUGGUUCUGCAACAGCAUCUAUUUCAUUCUUUUCAUAAUCUUCGGAGAACUGCAAGUCGCUAAUGCACGCGGCACCCUCUUCGACGGGCUUCUGCAGAAAGAACAGGAAUGGUUUGAAACACAACAAGAUGGAACCCGGACAUUUUUAUCCUGUCUUCAAGCCCAAAUCUAUGAGUUGCAAAAAUCAACAUCCCAGCCUUUGGGACUGCUAUUGCAAUAUAGUUUCCGAGCUAUCGGGUCCCUGACUCUAGCAUUCUGUACCUCCUGGAACCUUUCUCUGGUCACGCUAGCAGGGAUACCGGUUUUUUCCGCCAUGGCUUCGUUUAUCUCUUCCAAGAUGAAGUUGAAUAUUGAAGCACAGCAGGCUGAGUUGGCAAGCGCUUCGAAGGUUGUCAACAGCACCACCACUUCGAUCGAUACGGUCAAGUGCCUGAACGGGGAAGCCUUUGAACUUCACAAUUUCUCGAACAGGAUCGACGGGGCUGCGUCGCAGUUCCUUAAACAGGCGCGGUUAAACUCCAUUCAGAUAGCGCUCAUUCGAUUGAUGACAUACGGCAUGUUUGUUCAGGGUUUCUGGUACGGCAGCUCUUUGGCAACGUCUGGACGGCUCUCACCCGGUGACGUUUUGAGGACGUUCUGGGCUUGUCUCACCGCAGCACAGUCAAUUGAAUUUAUCAUGACUCAAGUAAUCGUACUAGAUAAAGGUGCGAUUGCAGCUUCCGCAUUAAAAAAGACCUUGAAUAGGCAGACCAAAGGCGGCGGCCCGAAAGAAAUGGAGGGAGCAGUAUAUCCCCAUCAUUGCGAUGGCGAUAUUGAAGUGAGCGAUGUAAGUUUCUCCUACUCAUCUCAGCCCGAGAGACUCAGCUUGAACUCGGCAAGCUUCUUCUUUCCAGCUGGGGAGACAACAUUCGUCAUUGGGAAGAGUGGAUCUGGGAAAAGUACCCUAGGGCAACUACUCACUAGGAUAUACUCCCCAACCUCCGGUGAGAUUCUAGUAGACGGCUACCCAAUACAAACUUUGAGCAAGAGCUGGAUUCGAAACAAUUUCACCCUGGUCGAACAACGGAGCGUUCUCUUCAACGAAUCGAUCUUCAUGAACAUUGCAUUUGGACGGCACGACUAUGACCAAAUUCGAAAAGAAGAUGUUCAGGAAUGCAUUGAUCUGGCGAUGCUACAAAGCGUAAUCGACCGCAUGCCGAACGGUAUCGACACGUGUGUGGGUUAUGGCGGUAGUUUUCUGAGCGGAGGCCAAAAACAAAGAAUUGUAAUUGCCAGGGCUAGAUUAAGAGAUACGCCGGUCUUGAUCAUGGAUGAGCCUACAAGCGCUCUAGAUGGGGCGAAUCGUCAUGAGGUGAUCCGAGCAAUCCGAGAGUGGCGUAAAGGGAAAACAACCAUCAUCAUCACGCACGACAUGUCGCACAUCAUGGACAAAGACUUUGUGUAUGUCCUGGAUCAAGGCUCAGUGGUACAAUCUGGGUAUAGAUAUGAGCUUGAGAAAGUCCUAGGGAAUGAGGACUUCUUUCCAUCCAAUGAGGAAGACUACCAAUUGGAUAACUGUGGCGACAGCAUACUCUCAGAGUCCGCUGACAUGCCGCAUGAUAAAAACCGACGUAUAUCCUCUGUGAUUAUGGGCCGGCUUUCAAUAGUGCCCACCCCGCAAGAGACUUUGCAGCUAGCUGAUUUUACUGAUCGAGGAACUCGGCAUGAAUCAAGCAAAAACAAAGACCAGAUGAAGUCUCUGUUCCAGAUAAUGCUCACGAUCAUACCUAAUUUGACAGUCGGACAACGUGUUCUUCUGCUCCUUGGGGUUCUAUUUACUCUUUGCCACUCGAGCACCACCCCUAUAUUCGCUUACUUCUUAUCGAAACUGCAAGUGACAUUCUUCAACAAGAGGAGCGCUCUGAAAUGGGCCCUGGCUGUUUUGGGGGUCUCGAUAUCCGACGGUAUGGUGUCCUUCUUUAUGCAUUAUUUUCUCAGUCUUUGUAGCCAAGCUUGGGUGGAUUGCCUCCGAAAAAGAGCCUUCCGGCGAGUUCUCGCUCAGCCGAAGAAAUGGUUCGAGGAGGAAAACAGUCCGUCACAGCUGACCGCUUGCCUGGCCCGAGAUGGCGAAGAAAUGCGAGAGAUACUUAGCCGUUUCGGUGGCUACGCUUUGGUUGCAACUUCGAUCGCCGUGAUAGCGACCGUAUGGAGCCUGGCUGUUUGCUGGAAGCUGACUCUGGUCGCGCUUUCAGUUGGGCCUGUGGUAUACGCAAUCACAAGAGGUUUUGAACGGAUCAGCGGACUGUGGGAUAGACGCUGUAACGAGGCCAGGGGUGCAGCGUCUGAGGUAUUCGUCGAGACGUUCUCGGAGAUACGCACCGUACGUACCCUGACGCUAGAGCCGUUCUUCCGAGGCAAACAUACGAAAGCCUUGUUAAAAUGUCUCACAACGGGGCUGCGGAAGGCGGGUUAUACGGGGUUUCUCUUUGGGCUGGUCGAGUCUGUUAUCGUCUUCGUGAGCGCAUUGAUUAUCUACUACGGAGGACUUUUGGUGUCGGUUUUAGAAUACACCGUCGAGGAUAUCAUGACAGUUCUCUCGAUGCUGUUAUUCAGCAUUGGAUAUGCAAUUGUGGUACUUUCUUGGAUCCCGCAAAUCAGUGUAUCUCGAGAGAGAGGGUCCAGGCUCUUACAGCUGGCGAAUCUUGCGGGAGCUUCCCAUGAGCGUCUAGGAUAUUUACGCGUCGCAACGCCAACACCGGUAAAGAUCACCAGGUUGAACUUCCAGUAUCCAUCGCGUCCAGAUACACCAGUCCUGAAAGACGUUUCUUUCACCAUCCCCGAGAACUCAUGUACGGCAAUUGUGGGCCUUUCAGGUUCAGGUAAAUCUACCAUAGCCGCUCUGCUAUUAGCUCUGGAAGAAACGCCCGCUUCCGAUAGUGUGCCAGCCAUUUCACUGGGGGGUGUUGACAUACGCGAUCUACACACUCCGACGCUUCGCUCCGUUGUGGCGAUCGUCUCACAGCAACCGACGAUAUUCCCAGGCACCAUUGAAAGCAACAUUAGCUACGGACUGGAAGGACCUCUUCGGGAUCCACGCAACGUCCGCGAUGCAGCAAAGGCAGCGGGGAUUGAUGAGUUCGUAUCAUCCCUUCCGCAAGGCUACUCUACCGUUAUUGGAGAUGGCGGAGUUGGGUUAUCCGGUGGGCAAGCGCAGCGAGUGGUGAUUGCGCGGGCACUUGUCCGUCGACCUCGGAUUUUGAUUCUGGAUGAAGCUACAUCGGCCCUUGAUCCGGCCAGUGCUGAAAUCAUCCGACAUACUGCGCAGAAGCUAGUGGCGUCGCAGGUAGGCCUCACAGUGGUCAUCAUCACUCAUGCAAAUGAAAUGAUGGCCAUUGCAGAUAAUGUGGUUGUUCUAGAGCAAGGACGUGUAGUCGACAGUGGGCCAUACAAAACACUGGCAAAAAGGCCUCAUUUGCAAGCAUUGAUAAACGAUCAACAUAGGACAUAA